AUGGCAGAGUUGUGUAUCGCGUGCCGUGCAUCGACAGAGAAUCGGCGAAAAUAUGAUUGGGUUUCCAGAGAAAUGCAAUAUCUUUAUAUCGCCCAAAUAGUGAUAGAAGAUAUAGUAGCUCGACAGUUGGAGCCUACUGCGUUCGUUUGUCGACCCUGUUGGCAAAGAACGGAACGAACGCACCAGCGACUUAUUCGGAAGGCUGAACAGCAAGCUGAUCAAGACCGUGAUCCAUCGGAAGUUCCAAAUUCAAGACCAAUUUCGCUGAUUUUGCCAGGUCUUCUUCGUGCUCCAAACACCGCAAAUAGUUGCAUUUUCCUACAUUGUACGAAUGAAUCUCGCCGUCGUGUUCCAGAGAACAUAAUUUUUCGCAUGGUAUGCCGCUACAGCUAUUUCGUGCCAGAAAGCGGGCGUGUCUGUAAUGAACACGUGGAGCAAAAUCUGUGGCAUUUACUUCCUGUACAAGACAACUCUUCUGAGGAAUUCACUGCAGCUCAAAUAAUGACUAUCGUGUCGAUGUUACAAAGACAUAUUACGGAGGAAAUACUUGAUUUUGAGCAGUAUGAAAAUAUAGCACCAGCCGAGUUUCAUACUUGGACAGGACUGACUCAAGAUCAGUUUACUGAAUUAUUAGACAGUUUACCAAGUCUGAGAACUAAAAAGAAUAAAAGAACCGUACUGGCGGCAGUAUUAGUCAAGUUAAGAACAGGUGACUCGAACGCGCGGCUUGCUAAUUUUUUUUAA